AGCACUGACUCUGGCAGAGAGAACCAACUGAGCUACCACCCUACAGCUACACACGUACAGAGAACUAAUCUAUGUCCAGAGAAGAGGAGGAGAAGCGGAAGAAGAAGCCAUUGUCUGGUGGGCCAAGGAUCUGUCAGACAGGGAACUUCAUCCCUUCUCCAGAUUGGAUUUAAAACAGUGAAGACUGAGUCAUACUAGUAGUCUGCAAAGAGGGCAACUUCAACAUGCAACUCCCUCUAUCGACAUCGAGCUAAGAUGGUGCUCAAUAGUUUAGUAGCCUGAUGUGAGAACGCUGGGGAGAGAGAGACCGAGCUGGGGAGAAAGAGAGAGAGAGCUGGGUUGAGAGAGCUAGGGAGAGAGAAAGAGAGAGAGAGAGCUGGAGGUGGAGAGAGGGAGAGAAAGCUUGAGAGAAGGAGAGCUGGGGAGCGAGAGAGAAAGCUGGGGGGAGAGAGAGAGCAGGAGAGCGAGAUGACAGGCAGGAAAUGCCUGGAGUCACAGGACUGAAAUAAAGCAGAACAGAGUAUAACUAGAUGACCAGGGGGAGCUGUCUGUGCCAGGGAGAGGGCCAGAGGUUUAGCCAGCUGCAAGGGCAUCCUGUGUCUCCUCUUACCUACUGACAGAAGUGGAGAACGAAGAGUGAGGAAGACUGACAGAGAGAGGAGAGCAACAGACAGGCCUGUAGAAGCUGUUGCAGUAUGAAUGGUCACCGGGGUUUCUCUGUGCUGCGUUCUGAAGCAGCAGGGGCUGUGAGGACAGCUCUGGUGUCUGCUGAGAACCUCCAGCUCACCUUAAAGACUGAACUCAGCCAGGAGGAGCAGCACCUCACACCCCACACACACACCAAUGGAGGCCCCGAUGAGACACACACCAAAGGGUACUGUACAGAAGUGAAUGAAGACCUUAAAGAGAUGCUUGAGAGCAACAAGGAGUCGCUUAAACUGGAGGCCAUGAAGAGGGUUGUUGGGCUGAUCGCAAAGGGGAAGAAUGCCUCUGAGCUGUUCCCAGCAGUGGUGAAGAAUGUGGCUAGUAAGAAUAUAGAGCUGAAGAAGUUGGUGUAUGUGUACCUGGUGAGAUAUGCAGAGGAGCAGCAGGACCUGGCUCUACUGUCCAUCAGCACCUUUCAGAGGGCCCUCAAGGACCCUAACCAGCUGAUCAGAGCCAGUGCUCUCAGGGUUCUGUCCAGUAUCAGAGUCCCAAUCAUCGUUCCCAUCAUGAUGCUGGCCAUCAAGGAGGCUGCCUCCGACAUGUCCCCUUACGUCAGGAAAACAUCCGCCCACGCCAUCCAGAAACUCUACAGCUUGGACCAGGAUCAGAAGGAGCUCCUGAUAGAAGUCAUUGAGAAACUGCUGAAGGACAAAAGCACAUUGGUAGCAGGCAGCGUUGUGAUGGCCUUUGAGGAGGUGUGUCCGGACCGUAUUGACCUGAUCCAUAAGAACUACCGUAAACUCUGUAACCUGCUAGUUGACGUGGAGGAGUGGGGUCAGGUGGUCAUCAUCUCCAUGUUGACACGCUACGCCAGGACACAGUUCACCAGCCCCUGGAAAGAGGACGGUGUGUUUGAUGAGUACAAUGAGAGGGCGUUCUAUGAGUCUGAUGAGGAAAAGACUAGAGAUGAGGCUGAGGCCAAGCCCUACAUGAUGGACCCUGACCACAGACUCCUGCUCAGGAACACCAAGCCUCUACUACAGAGCAGAAACACUGCCGUGGUGAUGUCUGUAGCCCAGCUGUACUGGCACCUGGCUCCUAAAAACGAGGUCAGCAUCGUCACCAAAUCUCUGGUCAGACUGCUCAGAAGCCACAGAGAGGUGCAAUACAUUGUGUUACAGAACAUAGCCACCAUGUCCAUCCAGAGAAAGGGCAUGUUUGAACCUUACAUGAAGAGUUUUUAUGUGAGAUCCACCGAUGCCACUCACAUCAAAUCACUCAAGCUGGAGAUCUUGACCAGCCUGGCCAACGAAGCCAACAUCUCCACCAUCCUUAGAGAGUUCCAGACCUAUGUGAAGAGCCAGGACAAGCAGUUUGCUGCCGGUACCAUCCAGGCCAUAGGCAGGUGUGCCACCAACAUCUCUGAGGUCACAGACAUCUGCCUCAAUGGACUGGUGCUGCUGCUCUCCAACAGAGACGAGACGGUGGUCGCGGAGAGUGUGGUGGUGAUCAGGAAGCUGCUCCAGAUCCAGCCCACCCAGCACAGUGAUAUCAUCAAACACAUGGCCAAACUCUUUGACAACAUCACUGUGCCGAUGGCGCGGGCCAGCAUCCUGUGGCUAAUGGGAGAGUAUUGUGAGAGGGUCCCUAAGAUCGCCCCUGACGUCCUCCGCAAGAUGGCCAAGAGCUUCACCUCCGAGGAGGACAUCGUCAAGCUCCAGACUGUUAACCUGGCUGCCAAACUCUACCUCACCAACUCCAAACAGACUAAGCUGUUGACCCAGUACAUUCUGAACCUGGGGAAAUAUGACCAGAACUAUGACAUCAGAGACCGCACGCGAUUCAUCCGCCAGCUCAUUGUGCCCAAUGACAAGAACGGAGCGCUCAGCAAGUACGCCCACCGCAUUCUGCUGGCGCCCAAACCAGCACCUGUCCUCGAGUCCGCCUACAAAGACCGCGAUCGUUACCAGUUGGGAACCCUGUCCCACACCAUCAACACCAAAGCCAGUGGCUACCUGGAGCUCUCUGAUUGGCCCGCCGUGGCUCCUGACCAAUCAGUGAGGAAUGUGGAGGUGAUUGUGCCGGUGAAGGAGUGGGCUCCAUCUCUAGGGAAGACUGGGAAAUCCAAGCCUGCCAAGUCAUCAGAUGACAAGUUCUACUCUGACUCUGGAGAGGAGGAGGAGGAGAAGGGAUCAGGGAGCAGUAGCAGUGAGGAUGGCAGUAGUAGUAGUAGUAGUGAAGAGUCAGGCAGCGAUGCAGAGAGCCAUGUCCAGAAGAACAGCAGUCAGAGCAGUGAGGAGUCAGACAAGUCCUCCAGCCAAUCAGAGAAGAGUUCCAUUGAAUCUGACUCUGAAAAGAAGGAGAGGAAAACUAAGACCCCACUACAGAAGAAGACAGUCAAACCAACCGCCAAAGACGGUGAUUCGGAUGAGAAUGGGAACGUUGCUAAAGAAGCCAACAGUUCGUCUGCAGAAGAGAGCUCCUCUGAUUCUGAAUCAGACUCUGACACCCACACAGACUCUGACUCAGGCACCGAACACAAGAAGAAGACCAAGUCUAAAGCCAAACCCAAGGUGGAGGUGACGUCAACGAAGGAGGUGUCUCUGUUGGAUCUGGGUGACUUCACUCCUGCACCAGUGACCCAGCACAAGUCUUCUGUCCUCUCUCCUAGCCUUCUAGGAGACCUGGAGGGCCUGUCACUCUCCAAUGUCUCCUCCACCAUCCAGUUGAGCAGUCCAGCGUUUGUCCCAGAGAAGAGCCAUGACCUGCUGCACCGUAUGACAGGUAAAGGUCUGUCAGCCCAGUACCAGUUCCCCAGACAGCCCAGUCUCUACCAGCCCACCAUGGUCUCAGUCCUGAUCAGCCUGACCAACACCACAGACCACCCUCUGGAACAGAUCCACAUUGGAGACAGGAGCCCCACAGGACUCAACAUACACUGCUUCAAUACUAUAGAGUGUCUGGAGCCAGAGGCCUCAGUGACUGUUUUCAUGGGCAUCGACUUCAACGACUCAACACAAGCAGCCAACUUCCAGCUGUGUACGAAGGAGGACCAUUUCAGUGUGUCCAUCCAGCCUGCCGUAGGUGAACUCCUCCUGCCCAUCACCAUGACCGAACUGGACUUCCGCACGGAGCAAGGUAAACUUCUGGGCAUGAACGAGAGCUCGGCAACCAUCACUAUGGCAGCAGAGAACAUGACCAGCCAACCAAUCAGCAGACCAGUGGCAACCGUGGCCAACCUGGGAGUGGUUCCAUCCAGUCAAGACAACGUCCACAGGUUUGCUGGUAAAACGGCCAGUAGUGGAGCUGUGGUGCUGGUGACGGUGGAGCUGAGGGAGUCGUCUACAGCCUUGAUCACCAUCAACACAGAGAAGAGUGUCGUGGGCUCCAUGCUGCUCCGAGACCUUAAACUGGCCCUUGCCCAGGCCUAGAGUCUACAGCGCCCCCUAGCCCUAGUCCUCCAACACAGGGAGAAAUGCACAGCUGCCAUGGAGGUCUCAUACACAUGCAUGCAAAAACACACAUACACAACAUUUAUUUCUGUCUCUCAAUCUCAAUUCUUCUUCUCUUUCAUUCUCUGUCACGCAAAUACACACUUACAUGCAGCAAAGAGAUUGAUAUAGUUUCUCUCAUGCUUAAACGUCCUCUAAGGUACACACUCAUACACACACCUCAUCAUAUUUUUUUACACUGUGACAGUCUAUUGUCAGCAAUGAGCAUCAAUGUUCAUUUCAACAGGACUCUUGUUUCUCCCUAGACCUGAGACUCUGUGUCUCGAUAGACCUGAGACUCUGUGUCUCGAUAGACCUGAGACUCUGUGUCUCGAUAGACCUGAGACUCUGUGUCUCGAUAGACCUGAGACUCUGUGUCUCGAUAGACCUGAGACUCUGUGUCUCGAUAGACCUGAGACUCUGUGUCUCGAUAGACCGGAGACUCUGUGUCUCGAUAGACCGGAGACUCUGUGUCUCGAUAGACCGGAGACUCUGUGUCUCGAUAGACCGGAGACUCUGUGUCUCGAUAGACCGGAGACUCUGUGUCUCGAUAGACCGGAGACUCUGUGUCUCGAUAGACCGGAGACUCUGUGUCUCGAUAGACCGGAGACUCUGUGUCUCGAUAGACCGGAGACUCUGUGUCUCGAUAGACCUGAGACUCUGUGUCUCGAUAGACCGGAGACUCUGUGUCUCGAUAGACCGGAGACUCUGUCUCGAUAGACCGGAGACUCUGUGUCUCGAUAGACCUGAGACUCUGUGUCUCGAUAGACCUGAGACUCUGUGUCUCGAUAGACCGGAGACUCUGUGUCUCGAUAGACCGGAGACUCUGUGUCUCCCCAGACCAGGUAACCAAAAAUGUGUUCAUCAUUCAAUGAGGUCUGUAUCACUUUUGGUGAAAAGAACUAAAUAUAUUAAAACUGUAACGUGAACUAUGGUUGUUGACGGUUGUUUUGAAUGAGUCUCUCUUGAUUGUGGUGCUUUGUGUGUUUGGUUAGUGUAUCGGGUUGUUUUCCAGUGUGUUUGUGGGUAGGGUUGUGGUGCAGUGUGACUAACUGGGUCUUGGGUUUCGGUGCGUUGGCUAUGUGUGUGUUGGGCUAGGAUGCAAUGUUGGGUUCGGUUAGGAUGCGUUGUGUUGGGUUAGGGUAAUGUGUUUUGUGUCUGGCUGUGUUAGAGUGUAGUGUGUUUGUGUGUUGGGUGCAGUGUUUGUGUUGUGGUUUGUCUGGCUGUGUUUUCCAGCUCAUAAGCGAGGUGUCUCCGAGGGCUAUAGAGAACACCUGUUAGAUCAUCCAUCACUUCUCCCUACGCACUUAUUCCCCCUGCCAGCUGUUCAUCACACACACACACACACCGACAGGCCAUAGACAAUCACUACAACAGACCGCAAAAUAUUUUUUCACACCCACUUCUUCUGCCAUUUUCCCCUCUGACACACACAGCGAGAGCUGCAACUGGCAGUGUAUAGAAACGGCUUUAUCUGCCAUUAUGACACAAGCCGUUAAGGCCUACUGCAGCUGUAACUUACAGCUCCGUCUCACACACACACACUCAAAUCUGGAGCUUUUACACUCCCGUCUUGACGUUUUUAUGUCCUUUUUAGAGAAGGAAUAGUCUGCUGCUAAAUCAGACUUUACUCAACACAGACGUCCUGGCCUGCUGCUAAAUCAGACUUUACUCAACACAGACGUCCUGGCCUGCUGCUAAAUCAGACUUUACUCAACACAGACGUCCUGGCCUGCUGCUAAAUCAGACUUUACUCAACACAGACGUCCUGGCCUGCUGCUAAAUCAGACUUUACUCAACACAGACGUCCUGGCCUGCUGCUAAAUCAGAAUUUACUCAACACAGACGUCCUGGCCUGCUGCUAAAUCAGACUUUACUCAACACAGACAUCCUGGCCUGCUGCUAAAUCAGACUUUACUCAACACAGACGUCCUGGCCUGCUGCUAAAUCAGACUUUACUCAACACAGACGUCCUGGCCUGCUGCUAAAUCAGACUUUACUCAACACAGACGUCCUGGCCUGCUGCUAAAUCAGACUUUACUCAACACAGACGGUUUGGUGUUGUUGUAAUGAAUAUGUACAGUAUCUUAGAUGCUUUCUUUCAUGUUCCAGUUAACAUUAGGGAAAGGGGGAUACCUAGUCAGUUGUACAACUGAAUGCCUUCAACUGAAAAGUGUCUUCCGCAUUUAACCCAACCCCUCUAAAUCAGAGAGGUGUGGGGGACUGCCAUAAUCGACAUCCACGUCUUCGGUGCCCGGGGAACAGUGGGUUAACUGCCUUGCUCGGGCAGAAUGACAGAUUUCUACCUUCUCAGCUCAGGGAUUCAAUAACAACAAACAAAGGUGGUACCAACAGCAUGUUCAUUUAAAUAUUCUGAGUGGCUGAGUGACCUGAUUCUCUGGAUGCCUCUCCCCAAUAGCUAAACAACCAUACCUUCUGUGCAUGUGCUACUAUAUUGUGAAAGGUAUGUUGUACAAACCUCUUAGUUUGCUGUUACUUUAUUAAAGGACAUGAUGAUCAA